AUGUGUUUGUUCUUGUUUUUUUGGUAUUUUAUACUGAUCUAUGGCCAAAAUGAACUAGCCUAAGCCACACAACAACUCUUAGGCAAGUGUUCGUCUUUAUUGUUUACAUUAUUGUCAGUUUACAACAGAAGUAAUUGCGUUGCCAAUAGCAGCCUAUUUCUUCCGUAUUUUGCGAAAAUUGCGACGCAAAUUUGGAAUAAUUAAUCUGUGUAUUUUUACCCAUCGCAUACUUCAACAAAUAGAUUUAUUCUUUUAUUGUGGCUUAGUCAUAUUUACAAACAUUAAACUUGGUUUUAAAUUGUUAUUUUUUUCGAUUUUAAUUUGUGUUUUGAAAGCCAAUUUGCAACUAGCUUUAGACUGUGACGUCACGAAGUUUCCUAACCAGUUAUUUUACAUUCCAUGCUGUUACUGUCAGUGUUGUUGUUACUGUUGUUGUUGUUGUUGUCAUUGUUACUGCUGUUACUGUUGUUACUGUCAGUGUUGUUGUUACUGUUGUUAUUGUUACUGCUGUUACUGUUGUUGUUACUGUCAGUGUUGUUGUUACUGUUGUUGUUAUUAUUGUUACUGCUGCUACUGUUGUUGUUACUGUCAGUGUUGUUGUUACUGUUGUUGUUGUUGUGAUUGUUACUGCUGUUACUGUUGUUGUUACUGUCAGUGUUGUUGUUACUGUCAGUGUUUUUGUUCUUGUUACUGCUGUUACUGUUGUUACUGUCAGUGUUGUUGUUACUGUUGUUAUUGUUACUACUGUUACUGUUGUUGUUAUUGUUACUGCUGUUGUUACUGUCAGUGUUGUUGCUACUGUUGUUGUUGUUGUUGUUAUUGUUACUGCUGUUACUGCUGUUGUUACUGUCAGUGUUGUUUUCACUAUUGCUGUUGUUGUUACUGAUGUUGUUGUUACUAUUGUUGUUGUUCCUGUUGUUGUUGUUACUGUUGUUGUUAUUGUUGUUGUUACCCUUGUUGUAUAUUCACUGACAUAUACUUAG